ACAAAAAAAAAAAGCAACAGAAAAAUAAACCCCGUGAAAAUGCAGCGGUGAAGCACCCCGAAUAAUGACGUCCCGCAGAGAAAAACAGCCCCAGAUAAGGAGGAGUUAUCUCCCCCCGCGCCCCCGGGACAGCGGCAGAAAGCAGAGGAGCGACUGCGGAGCUGCCCGCAAAAGGAAGGAAAACAGAAAGACACCGCCAGGUCCUGAGAGGAAAACAACACCCUCUGAAUUUGCAGGAUGGCAAAGCCAACGUAUGCUCUCUCCUGAGGAGUCCCUGCGAGCAAAAAUGUGCUGCUCAGAUAGCACCCAGCAAAACCCAGCCUGGAAACUGAUGUCUGCGUCGAUCCCCAUAGCAAGGCCACUCCCAAACAUAAAGGAGACCCCAGGCUCCCCCCCAAGAGCCCAGACUUCCCCAUCGCCUCCCCCAAACCCGCGGGGAGGCUGAAAUCCCAGUACAUGGAAUAUCCCGAACUGGAAGGGACCCUCAGGGCUCAUCGCUCCAUGCGGCACCACCUGAAAAUCAGAGCACAGAUCACAGGGGGUGAUUCACGGGAGCGUGUACGAGGAGCUCGUCCCACCUGCCCGAGUUCUUGGCAGUGCUGCGGGAGCAUGGCCUGUAGGAAAACACGUGUAGAGUCAUCACAGUUGGAAGAGAGCACGAAGGGGUCUGACCGUCAUCAAGCGAUACCGGCCAGACUGGGGGGUGAGGGGGGAAGGUAAUGGUGUGGGGCAUGGGGAGGACAGUGGGAUGCGUGGGGCAGGAUGAACGGGCCAGGGGACCCGCAUGGGGUGCUGGUGGCCGGUCCUGGGCUGGGAGUUUGGGAAGUUAAUAAUGGGCACGGCCCGGCAGCACUGGGACACAGCGAUGCCGCCGGGUGCUGGCAGUGGGACCGGCCGGGCAGGGCUCCUUCCAGACAGGCAAACCCCAAAUUCAUCACUGAGUCGUAGAGCCAAAGAACGGCUGGGGUUGGACGGGACCUCAGAGCCCAGCCAGCUCCAAGCCCUGGGCUGGGUGCCCCCCAGCAGCUCAUGCUGCCCAGGGCCCAUCCCGCACGGCCUUGAGCACAUCCAGGGAUGGGGCAGAAUUCUCCAUCCCCAGGCAAGCCUUUGUUCCCAGACUUCCCAUCUCUCUCCUGUUGCUGCUCCGCGUGCGGUGGGGAGCAGUCAGUAAAAAACACCGGGCAUUGAUUUGAGUUCAUGUGCUCCGUUGCUGAUCCGGCAUCCUGCGCAUCGCCCCGUGCCCGUCUGCUGUGGCCGCAGCGGUUUGGUUUUUGGAAACCUGCGGCGUGGGACAGGCAGAGGUCUACGUAUCCGUGGCAGCGCUGGACAAAGGAUCUCUGUGCUGGCAAUGAAUGGUGCCUUGGGAAUUCCCAGGGUUGCUUAGGAACAAAUGCUGGAGGGGUCCGGAGCUGGGAGUGCUCCGAGACAGAGCUGAGCUGUGCCUCAAGAUGGGAGCGGGACAGGAUCAUCAAUCUCAUUGUUGGCGGCCUGACGUCCUUGCUGCUUGUAGUCACUCUGAUCAGUGCUUUUGUCUUCCCACAACUACCUCCAAAACCUGUGAAUAUAUUUUUUGCUAUCUGCAUCUUCUUGUGUUGCAUUUCUGCCGGCAUACUUAUCUACUGGUAUCGACAGGGAGACCUGGAACCUAAAUUCAGGAGCCUAAUUUACUAUAUAUUAUUUUCUAUCGUCAUGUUAUGUAUUUGUGCCAACCUGUACUUCCAUGAAGUGGGUAAAUGACAGGCAUUGGGAAUACCCAGCGAUGACGCUGCUCUAUCAGACUGCUCUCAGCUCAGCUCUCAGCUCUACCUGAGAUGUACAAACGAGGACAGUUAGCCUGAGAGGAAAGAAGUGGAUUGUGCAAGGACAGAUCAGUACAUGAUUUUCAUGUAAAUGUAUAUGUAAUGUCCCUCUUGUUUGGGAGAAUUGUUGCCAUAAGAUGUGACAUUCUGCUUUUUUUUGAAGAGCUACUGUUGCACUUAAUGAACAUUCCAGUUGUACUGAUGUUUCUGAAUGGCACAAGCUUUUUCAUUUUGGAAAAAAAGAAUGCAUUUUUUAUUACUGUACAAAUAAACUGCAGCAUUGCAAGGA